AAGUACUAGAAGGAAUGUUGUCCUAACUGCAGAUUGUCCUGCAUCACAUUUUUUUUUCUCAAAUGAUUAUAGCUGUGGACUAUCAGUUAUCGGUAUAUUCGUUUUCUAAAUGUAGUCAUUUAUUUUGUCGUGUGUUUUGGUCAGAAUGUGGAGCACAUGCGCGAAUCUUGAAGAAGGAAAUUUGAUCUUGAAGCUGAUGAGAAUGCUUUAUCUGCUGUCUAAAUGUGGUUCAUUUAUGUACAUCUCAUCUAAUGCUGUGAAUCUGUCACACCCACGUCGGUUUCACAUUUAGUAAUCUUUUAUGUUCGCAGCGUUUUUGUAGAUGCAUUCAAGCUGAUCUGAACUGUAAUUCUCAUAUUUUUAUUUCAGGUAAAUUGUUGAGGGAAGGGCUUGGCUUUUUGAGUGAGAAUUUAUUUGGGUUGUAACAGAGGCUGCGUUAUAUCUCUUUGGCCACUUUUAACAACAGAAGCGGAAGCUGUAUGCAAAAAAAAAAAGUCUCAGAGGAAAAAUGUCAGAGUGCACUCUGCACUAGUGAAAUGGUACUUCCUGAGGUGUCACAUCUAACACGAAAUACAAAUCUCCUGCACUCUUAGAGAUCCUCAUCUAAACUGUUCAGUUCUACCACAGGAACUAGACUGAAACAACAAAUUCUCUUCACUCCUAAAUGUUUCACAGCCAACUAUAAACUAUUCUAAGCAACAUCUAAAAAAGGAACCAUGUCAUGUAACUUGACAUGUCAGGAGACCCAUGCUAAUGAGUGUCAGAAUCAGACAAACCCUGUUUUUGUUGCAGUGUACAGUGUGGUCUGUACAACUGGAAUCACUUUCAACUUCAUGGCACUUGUAGUUUUUUUCUGCUGCACCAAGUCACGCUCACACACCAUUGUAUACAUGAUCAAUCUUGCUAUAGCAGAUCUCCUUCUGGUUUGUACUCUACCAUUACGAAUCUACUAUCACUCGGGAUAUGAAGGCCUGUCACAAAAAAGCUGUGAAGUUGCUGGUGUUAUACUCUUAGCCAACAUGUAUGGAAGCAUCUUGCUCCUUACCUGUGUUAGCCUUGACCGUUGCGUGGCGGUCUGCUUCCCUAUGUCGUCCAGAGUGCGUGAAGGCCGCAAAAAGGCACCACUGGUUUGUCUGGGGAUUUGGAUGCUAACAAUCGGAGCAAGUCUGCAGAGUUAUCUGGCUAACACAAAUACACAAAAGAUUAACCAAACACAGUGUUUUCAUAGUAUUCCAAAAUACGCUUUCAAGCUUACUACCCUAACCUCCUCACUGACAAUAGGAUUUGGGAUACCGCUGAUCAUCAUGCUUCUCUGUUCAUGGGGGUUAGUUCGUGCUGUCAGCAAAAGCGCUGCAGCCCAGAUGCCUGGCUUAAUUGACAGCUGCAGGAUUCAGAGGAUGGUAAGCAUUAAUCUGGCCAUAUUUCUAUGCUGCUUUCUGCCAUAUCAUGUCAUGCUGGUGGUGAUUUACUUCCACAAUAACAAAAGGAUACCAUGCUCUGUGUUGUCUGCCUACUACUAUACUUUGAUGGCAACUUGUCUGAAUGCCAUUCUGGACCCGCUGGCUUACUAUUUUACCACAGAGACUUUCCGCAAAAAUGUUGAAAUAGAUACGGUUCGGAGAAUGUUGCCUAUGAUAAAUGUGAGCUCUGAUGGAAACACCCGCUCCAGAGCACCUGUCAGUACUGUAAUGCUAUAAGGUUGACUAUAAUGCCAUAAGAUAAAAAACAAAACAAAAAAAACCUUAUUGUGAAAUAUAACAGGAUUUUACUAACUGGACCACAUGGGAAAUGAGAAAGACAUCAAUGCUGAAAUCACAUAAAAGAACUGAUGAUAUCCUGUGGGGCUGGAUAUUUGCAUAACUGUUGCAGCUAAAUAAAGCACAUAUUACAGACAGCAUAAUAUGUAAUUGAGUAAUUAUUGUAACUGGUAUAAUAAUGCUGUGGUUCUUUGUGAUUUUUGAGAAGACAAAUAGCAAGAGUAAAUAAAGUAAUAGUAGAUGAGGAAAUGUUUUCUUUUGUUGCAUAUACCUCAUU